UGCGCGCGCAUCUAUGCUCUACGAUGGCGUGUUUUUGCUGCGUGAGAUCCAUCUAAUAUUUACAAAAAUGAGUGUUUGAAGUGGCUUAUUUAGUUCAAAUGGUGUUUAUUUCUAGUGUUUUAAUGUCAUUUUAGUUGAUCAAAGCUAUGUGUGCGUUGGAAUUAAAGCUACACUCUCCCGCUGGUGCUGAACCAAUGUUAUACACUUGGCCGUUAACCUCAGGCCGUGGAAACGAUAAACAUGAUGGAGCGCUUGAAAUAGUAGAAACGAUAAGAUGGGUCUGCGAAGAUCUGCCAGAACUAAAACUGCCAUUGGAAAACAACAUCCUGUGCGAUUAUGACACCAGAAGUUACGAAAGUAUGAAGUCGCUGUGCGACAGGUUCAACCGGGCCAUCGAUAGCGUAGUCGCAUUGGAAAAGGGAACAUCACUGCCAGAACAAAGACUUAACAAGUAUCCAUCGAGGGGUCUCUUGCGCCACAUACUGCAACAAACCUACAAUGCUGCCGUGACCGAUCCGGACAAACUGAAUCAGUACGAGCCGUUCUCGCCGGAGGUGUACGGCGAAACGUCGUACGAAUUGGUUUGUCAGAUGAUCGAUCAGAUCGAUAUCACACCAGACGAUGUGUUCAUUGACCUUGGUUCGGGGGUCGGUCAGGUUGUUCUCCAAAUGGCGGCCGCGACCCCGUGCAAAGUCUGUUUUGGCAUCGAACGUGCCGAUGUGCCUAGUCGCUAUGCGGAAUCGAUGAACAAGAACUUCAGGAGUUGGAUGAAGUGGUACGGGAAGAAGUACGGGGAGUACAAGCUGAUGAAGGGGGACUUCCUGACGGAGGAGCACAGAGAACGUAUCAAUCAGGCGUCGAUUGUCUUCGUCAACAAUUUCGCCUUUGGGCCGGCCGUUGAUCACCAGCUGAAGGAGAGGUUCGCCGAUUUGAAGGAUGGCGCCAGGAUAGUCUCGUCGAAGAGCUUUUGUCCGUUGAAUUUUCGUAUAACCGACAGAAAUCUGAGCGACAUAGGUACCAUCAUGCACGUUUCGGUUAUGUCGCCGUUGUUGGGGUCUGUUUCUUGGACCGGGAAGCCCGUUUCGUAUUAUCUACAUAAAAUUGACCGUACUAAACUGGAGCGGUACUUCCAGAGGCUCAAGAAACCUAAGGAUGACGAAAAUUCAAAUGGUCGAACAUCACGGGCCAAACGAGAAACUACCAAGCAAAUCACCGCAGAUGAUUCAUCCUCCGUCUCAGACUUCGACGACCACGAAGACAGUGCCUACGGCCCAACCACGAGGAAAGCUUGGUCAGACUAUUGUUCCACUAAGGGCAAAAGCAGUCAGUCCGACGACGAUGCCCCCGUAAAGUCCAAGCGUCAGCCGAAGAAACUAAGAAGGAAAGUGUCACGUAAGGAUCAAAAUCAGGACAAGGCUCAAAAGACUGCUCCGAAGGCGAGGAGAGGAAGAGUGAAGAAGGCAAAGCCCAAGAAACAGAUCAAGAUCAACGGUUUGGAUCUUCUGCACAACCAAACAUUGCUAAGUACAUCCCCACAAGCUAUCGGAAAGAAAUUACCACCUGCACCAGGUUGCGUUGACCAACAACUAACCACCUUAAGCUCAGAAGUAAUCGUACACAAUGAACUAGAAAUACCAGAAGCACCUUCAGAAACACCAUACGGACUGCAAGUCUUGUUGGACAUGUUCAGAGUUCAGUACAUGCAAAUGAUAAAUCAAAUGCGCAAUCCCAAUUAUAAGAACACGGUGGAAAGCCACAUUGAAGAGGAGCGGGACAGGAACAAGAAGCUAAAGAAUAGGGCCGCCCAGUUGGAGAAGCAAAUCAAGGUUUUAAUUGAUGACAGUGUGGCUCUUCUUAAGGCACGAAUGAGUGAGUUGGGCAUUAACGCCAGUUCACCGGUUGAUUUGCUAGCGAAAGCCAAAGAAAUUGUGUGCCGUCACAAAGAGCUUCAAGCGAAGGCCAGUAAAUUGCAAGUGGCUGUGGCAAAUCUCGAAAGCGAAAAGGAAACGUUGGCGAUGCAAAGACAAACUGAAAUUGUUGAGAAAUACGUCGGACCGGAAGUUAUGUUGUCUCCUAAUGCUGCACACGAGUAUAUUCUUCGGGAAAUAUCAUCUACGUUAGCCCACAGAAAAAAGUUACAAUCUCAAGUCUCCAAAUUGGAAGGCGAGGUUGUAACGUUGGAGAAGAGUGGAGAAGAAAGGAAGCAACAAGCGGCCGCCCUGGCGGCAAGACAUCAGCAAAUCCCCGCCAAAGUUUCCAGAAAAUCCAGGGAACAUAGAGCUAGGUCACAAGAUUGGCCAGAUGUACCAGACAUAGCUAAAAUUGAAGAACAGAACCCUGAGAUUCUGGCCCAGAAGAUCUUGGAGACGGGUAGGAAGAUUGAAGCUAGCAAACAAUCAGCUGCCAUGUCCAACAAGGUCUCGCACAUAUCCAACAGCAAAUCCAGCCAAAGUAGCAAAGGAAUUGUACGCAACAACAUGCCCGCACCCAUGCCCAUAUCUAAGCGACAAAAGACAAAUCAUUCUUAUCCAGUACCCACACCGCCUAACGCAGUCCAGCGAUCGCAGGAACCACCUAAAAUAGCAAACUUUGAGGAUCGCCUCAAAAGCAUAAUAACUUCAGUACUAAACGAAGAUCAACAGAACAGAAACGCCAAAACACCAGCAGCCCAACCACCGCCACCAGCUCAACCGCAACAACCCUUCCCAUCAAACGCACCCCCCAUUCCGCAACAAAUUAAUCCUCCCUAUCCACCACAGCAGUACUAUCCACCCACCAAUUACGUCCCCAAGCAGGAAGAGAAAAAGACUCACAAGUACCACAACUCCAGUAGAACCGACCACGUGAAAUACCCACCCAGAUGCGAGACCGUGGUCAAACAAAGCGAAGAAGCGAGAUCGUACAUCCAUCAGGAGGGUCUGGCCAGUAUGAUCGAGAACUACAGGGAGGACGUCCCCAAAGUGUCGCCCCAAGUACCGAGACCGUUCUCGUCUGAACAGCCCGAUUACACGCAAGUUUCCCCUGCCAAGUUGGCCCUGAGGAGGCACCUGUCGCAGGAGAAACUGGCGUCGCAACAUCACACUUUCAGCCACCCCGAGAACAUAGUGGCGACGAGAACCAUCGGCGACUUGAUGUCCGGCGAAAUCGAACGCACCUUGGAGAUAUCCAACCAGUCGAUAAUCAACGCGGCCGUGGACAUGAGCGACAUACAAGGAACGGCGACUUUGUCAUCGAGGUCGGUGGUGAACGCCAACAUACCGCCGAGGCCGGAGCGUGUGAACGUCAAAGUGCCAAACCCGGAACAUCCGCAGACUUCCAAAGAAACGGAGCCGAUGAGGCAGGUGUACAGCCCGAUCUCCAGACCAUCGUCGACGGAAGGUCUGGAGGGGUUAGCCUAUAUGCACUCGCAUGGCAAGGUGAACAGCCAUAACGCCCACCAGUACGUGCCGCCGUCGCAGCCGUCACCGAGGCCGCAGUACUCACCCAGAACCACCAUACUGUACACGCCCCAAUCGCGUGCCGGCUCCGUUAAUUCCAACUACUCGUCCGGCGAACAGUACACGCCCCUGCCCCGGGCCGACAUCAAGCCGUACCACGAGUCGUACUUCAGCGAUGUGAAACCGCCAGUGUCCUUAGACGGCGAACAACGAAGUAACUUUGUGGCCGAGGGCCUCGCCGCCAGUCUGCAGGCGCGGGUGCUCGGCGGGCCGCAGAUCAAAGAGGAGCUAGAUCCGUACGAGAGGAACAGGCCGGGGUACGGUACGCCGGGUAUGCCCUACGCGGAACAGUCGGGCUCCAUCAAGACGGAGAACAUGGCCAGCGAUUGUCAGUACAAGAGGGAAUCGCCGCUCAUACAGGCGCCGAUACGUACCAACAUUAAAAGGCCGUACGCCCCGGACCAGCAGCGGGCUCAGUACGUGGGGGAGACGCCCGAACGUCAUUCGAACACCUCGACGCCGUUGGCGGAGGAUGUGCACGAGCAACAGCGGCCGAAAAAAUGCAACGAAGAAGAUGUCGAAGUGGAAGAAGAAGGUGAGGAGUCUAAAUGGCAAGAUAGAAUCAGUUCAGGAUUUGAUAGACUUGUUGCUUUUGCUUCUACAGAGUUGGAUAAAAGGAGGCGUUCCACCGAAGGCAAUGACAGCUGCAAUACGUCGCCGGAUUCGGGCAUCGGCCACGGCGACACGCAACCGGCGCCGUUGGCUGCGCCGCCGUCCAAACCGACGAUCAAACUAAACCCGAAUCCCAAGCCGACCCUGUUCAAGAUGCCCGCGCAGAAGGCAUAUCUCGAGUCCCCGCCGAUCGUCGAAACGGGCAACGACGAAUCCGGUCCGCCCCGCACCCCGUCCCCAUCCUCCCCGAACAACCUGCCCCCGAACUACGGCGGGGAACUGAACGAAAAGAGUCCGCCUUCGCCCCGUCUCAAUCCAGCUCUGUUGAAGUACCAGCGGUACACGGAGGACAAGAAAAAGCCGGACACGCACUUCAAGAAGAAGUUCUAUUAUAGGGAGCAGUGGCGGGAUGAGGCGUGGCAGAAAGGCGACGACCACGCCGACCAGAUCAAGGACAAGUUCCGGCCGAAAGGUAAAGAUUGGGAUUGGAAUAAGGAUCAAACGAACAUCCACAGUCAGUUGAUAGCCGACGAUUGGGGCCGGUCGCAUGAUCCUUAUUCGUGGAAAAACUGACUGAAAAAAUUAACACCAUUUGAAUAAGCAAGCAUAAAUUGGUUUCUCACCAAUGAAAACUAUUAUUUUGUAAAUGAGUUACACUUGAAAGUUGUACUUUGUGAUGUUCCUCUGCUUCUUUUUAUGUUAGUUUUAUGUGACCGCAUACUAACAGGAUAUAAUGAGGGCUUCGGUUAGAUUCUAGUCAUUUCAAAUAUCUCACACAUACUUCAAUUCAUAACUAACUAUAUUGUAAAUUUAUUAACUUCCAUAAACUGUGAUUUUCGCCUUUUUGCGAUAAAAUUAUUAAGUAAAAUAUACUAUUGAAUUUUUAUAAUAACCAUAGAUUUAUACACCAUGGCUUUUUAUUUGGUGUGGGGACCGAAAACUAAAUUGUUUUACACUUCACCACUCUAUGGUAUUAACCAAUUAAUUCAUCAGACUAUUUAUUUUUAUUUAUUGAUUGUAAUAAUGUACAUAUAUAAUAUAAUAAUGCAUCAAUUAGGCUAUGUAAUUAUGUAAUUUUUAACCUUUAUACACUUCACAUUUUUAAACAUUGAUUUUCCUGUGUAUAAACCAAAAAUUGUUUUAAAUCCAACCUAGAAUUUUUGAAAUUGUGUCCAUUCAUGCAAUACGUAAUUCAAUUCAUUGAAUAGUUUUAGUGUACUUCACAAUAUUCCAUAAAAUGCCUUGGAUGGUUAUGUCGUGUUAGUAUGCGAUUUUUAGUACCCACCUAUACGUGCAUGUAUGUUCUUACAUGUUCAAUCUUAUGACUGUAAUUUUAUGGAUUUGCGGUGACACGUUGAUGUUAGCUCCUAUUGGAUGUUUUCCUUUUUUUUGUGUAUUCACUACUGAUUGUCACCGGAUGGUAUAUUUUAUAGCAUUAUUUUGAAUGCUUUUGUAUUUAUUUUACCGUAGGCAAUUUAUAGGUAAUUUUACCCACUUUAUUGUAAUUAUUUAUUGCGUUAACAAAGUGCAUCAAGAAAAACUGUCAAUUAUACACUCAACUUAUUUACAAAGUACCUGAAUUUUUCAAAUAAAUGCUAUGAAAUUUCGCUUCGUGUUGUGUAAGUGUGGAGACAGGUAACUGUCGUUUGAUCUCUGUUUUUUGAAGUCUUUUAAUUGUUCAUCGUUUCAAUGGUACAAAAAGCUCUCCGAACAUUUUCUGUUUGUGCGAAAUACAACUUUGAAGUGUAUCAUAGUACCUCUACGAAGGUUCGUUAAGUAAAAAAAAAUGUAAAUAAGGGAAAGUUGACUGCAUCAUUGUGUUCAGAUUAUUGUACAGCAUUAAUUUAAUUGGCGUAAUAACUUAUUUAAAUCAUUAGAAAGUAAAACAAUUGUAUUCAAUAUAAACACUGCCUACAACUGUCAUCUCAUGCUUGUAACUUAUUGUUAGGCAUUUAAUUUAUUCAUAAUUAAUUAAUUGUAUAGUAAAAUAUUGUAUAUUUUUUAUUUAUAAACCAUCUAUUUUAAUUGUAAAUAGAUUUCAAUAAUUGAAUUUAAGUACAAGUUAGUGUAUAUUCAAGUAGGUAACCUAAGCAAAUUUAGGUAAAUUGAUUAAUUAAAUAAAAAAAGUCCAUGCCGUAAUCUACCAAAAAACCAUAAAAAAAAAGAUUGGUAAAAGAUUUCAUCGUCAUCUGUUUUAUGACAUGUGCAACGUAUUUUACUGCCACACCUUCAAAUUCACGUUAUUCCUGUGACAAGUGUCUCACAUUCUUUCAAGCUCGUAAAAGGGCAGACCUUCGCUCUGUGGGAUUUCAGUUGUAUCGUUCACUUCCGUUUUAUUUUUUGCAAUUCGAAUUAGGACUAGUUAAUCAUCGAAAUGAACCAAAGUGGACGAUGCAAUGGAACUCACCCCUCCUCCCCCCAAGGAUAUAAUAUAAUAGUUUCGUUUGUAUAUGCAUAGAUUUUCAUUGUUUUAAAUAAUAUCCGUUGUGAGGACGAUAUCACAGAAAAAUAAGUGUGUUGACGAAAGCUUUAGUUAUGUGUUGAAAAAGUUCCUGAUCGGUAUUUCAAUUUGAUCAGGGCUUUUGAUUUGAUGCUGCGAAUCUUGAACGACGCAUGUAUGCACGUUUGUAAGUGUCCGUUUAUUUUUGGUGAUAUUUUGUGCUUAUAAUUUAUAUUCUUUUGUUAUAAGAUUUAACUUCAUUAACAUUUUGAUUAAUUGUUGUCAUUAUUAUUAUUAUAGUCUAUUUUUUUAGCUAGCUAUUACGUUAGGAUUUUUUUUACAGUUUUGUUUGUAAAAUUUUAUUUCACUUUAAUUUUCCACUUUUGUUAUGUUUUUUAAAUACACAAUCUGACGUCAUAUUCUCAAUUAGUUUCUUUAGCCAAAGGAUAAAUCUUGUUUGUGUAAUGAAUUGUGUUUAUGAUUAAUUUGAAUUUACCAAAGUAUCUAUGGAAAAUCCAAGCAAUGGGACAAGAAUUUGAACUGAGUUUAUUAAUUUUGCUUUGUAAAUUGAAUUAAUAAUUAAAUAUGAUCAAAAUUUAUUUGUAUUGUUAGAUAGAUACCUCAGGAUUACUAAAUGAAUGUGAAUAAGACUAGGAAUAGAGUGUAUGUUAUUGUAAAUUAUAAGUUGGUAAAUAUGGUAUCACUUACUGCCAAUAAUUUAAUAAACACUUGUAUCUAA